UUUGUAUUUAUUUAAGUAAAACUAAAAGUAACGGUUCUAGGCAGAAGAGGAGUAAAUAAAAGCGUUACCAAGGCAACAGAAAACUAUUCCUUAAUCAUAAUUUUUAACAAGUUAGAAAUGAGACCACAGCAAACCAGAGAAAAACAUGCUGAUCAUCAGAUUUAUCAACACAUACGUGCAGAGAAAAACAACAUGGAGCUCAAGUUUCUCCUGAAAGAUGAAGUUUUUGUGGAUUUCUUCAAUACAUUUCUAAGUCUUCCAGUGUUUGGGCAAACCCUUCUCUACAUGCUCAAGGAAAACAAGUGGUUAAUGUCUCCAGAUCUGCCCUUUGCUCAGGUGAAUGCUGGAGAAUUUCUGAAAUGGUUAGACACACAUCGGAUGGUUUACUUCAAACAAACGGAGCUCUAUCACAACUUCAUUCUCUGCACAGAGAUCCUUGACUUUGUAUCCUGUAAAUCCACAGAGGACUUGAAGUGGACUCCGGCGGAUCAGUGGCUGUUGAGGAAGUGUCUCGGCAGUGUGAGGGGAAUCCAGAGAUUUCGUUCAUUUCUCAAGGGCACUGCUGAGGAGGAGCUUCUUCUGUUCUGUGUGAGAGUGUCCAUGAUGUUGAGUAUGAAAGAAGAAGAAAAUGAAGAUGUGUUUCAGACUUUGAAUCGUCAAGCACUUCAGAAAACGAUCAGACUCUGUCACCUGAGCGAAGGCUCUGCCAUCCUCUCUGUCUGCCAUAUACACGCAGAGGACAUGGCUGAGCUUCUGACCAAGGAGCACCCACUCAGUGCCCAGAAGCAUGUUUUGGCAGAGAUGAGAAAGAAAGCUGUGUGUCGGCUGCAGUCCUAUUGGCUUCCUCAGUUCUUACACUGCUGUAAAUCCUGGCUGUGGCGUGUGCCUGAAUGUCAGCCCAUUGUAGAGAAAUACACAUCUUUUUCCUCUCCUCCUGCUCCGUCUCCCUCCUCACGUGAGCGUGAACAGUGCAAACCGAAUCCCACGCUGAGUCCUGCUAAAUCCUACUGCAGUAAACGCAGCAAACGGCUCCUCUGGAGUCGGACAAACACAGUCCGUUCACAGUCCAGCAGCAUCUUCCUGUGGCUUCCUCCAGCCGGCCAGGAGGAUCUAAAGUGUUCAAACAUAGCACAUCCUCCUCAAAGUAGUCCAGAAACCUCUGUCCAGCACACAUGUGCCCAAACCCCGUCAUGUCAGAUCCCCUGCCGUGUGAACCUUCAUCCUCCGCCAUCAGAUGUCCACUGCUAUCUCCAGCCGGCUCUGUCUGCCGAGGCUCUGGCUGCAGGUCCUUUCAGGUCUUAUCUUAGAGCCCAAGACCUGGUGGACAAGCAGCAGAUGCUGGAUCUCUUGGAGGAUCUGGACCUUUUCCUCCUGCUGGCUCUGAAAGCACAAGGAGAAGAUCCAGUCUGUGCACAGAGACAGACAGUGGCUCAGAGGAUAAUAGAGAAGUACCUGAAAGAGAACAUGGCAUGCUGUGAACGACUGGAUUCGAACACCAGCCACCAUCUGCGUUCACUUUUACCCAGCAGUGCGGCUGUCCCAUGGAUCUACAGAGCGAAAUAUGAAAUAUGCAAGGAUCUACAAGAUGUUUAUGAGUCAUUUUUAGAUGCGGAGGAUAAAGCUCUAGUGUCUCACCUGUACUCUCGCAGUGAGAAGAAUGAAGAAGAGCUGCUGUUCUGUGGUUUCGAGACGGAAACAGAAGCUCACUUCACUCAGACGGAGGCGUUAGUGUUGUGUGGAGGAUGCUGCAGCCGUCUCGACCCCGACGCUCUGUCUCAGGACGGCUGGGCUUUAGUGGCCCUGCAAGACCUGCAGAGAGGAGGAUCACUGCUGCACAAGUACAACACCGAUGCAUCUGAGGAGCCAUCGAUCGCAACAGAGCGCGAUAUUACAACACCCCUCGCUCAAGAUGUGCCCGAAUCGAAAGCAAAGAGUUCUAAUAAUCUCCGGAUGAAAACUCUAAAAAAGGACAGCAUUGUUUUUGAAAAGCCAUCUACAAAACCCAGGUCAUUUGAAGAGGUCCUCACAUCAUCUCAGUACAUUGGUCACUUCAGACAGUUCCUGCAGGAGCACAAUGCGGACGGAGCGCUGCUCUUCAUACAGGAAGCAGAAUCUCUGCGCACCGUCGAACCCAAACGACAGAAGGCCAAAAUCCGCGCCAUUGUAGACAAAUUCUUUCGGCGACAGGAUUCCGUGGAGCACCUGCAGUGCAGCGCUGACAUCAUCAGCAGUGUGCCACACAUGGACACAGUUCCUCUAGAGGUCAUCUUCACCAUUCAGCAUCUGGUUGCCAAGUCACUGGAGGCCACAUGGUUCAGACAGUAUCAGGAAACAUUUUAUUCUUGUUCCCCGGUUCAAUCUGAAUCCAAUCUGAGAGGUCCGCUGCUGCUGUACAAACUGAAAACGAACGCGUGGACUGCUUUCAGCAGCUUCAUCCGCAGUGUGACGCGGUUUCUGUCUGCCCUGGAGGACCGUGACUUCAGGUCUGAGUUUGAAGACUAUCUGAUACACAACUACAAGCACUUCUCACAGCCUUGCUCUGUUCGCUCCAAAGCGCAGCAGUCCUCCGAUAUCAGCAGCGACGGAGAGAAGUUUAAACCCAAGAUGCGAAGCAUUAUCAACAAAACAGUUAUAGCAGACUUCUUAGUCAAUGACCUUUCCUUCUACAUGGAGUGUGAGAGGUUCAGGCAUCUGGCAGACGCCGGCGAUAUGAUGGCAUCCGAGGGCAUGUACAGUGAGAAUGAUUACGCCAGGCUUCACCAGAAAGCUGAGCUGAUCAUCAGUAUAUUUCUCCACUCAAAUCUCUCUCAAAAGCUCAUGAUCAACACCAGUGAGGCUCAGAAAGAUGGCAUCCUGCAGCGCUUUGCCUCUGGGAAGGUGGACCGAACCCUCUUCUAUCCAGCUAUGAUGGAUGUGUUUCCAGUUCUCAUCUUCUGCUGGAAGAAGUUUUGUUGUCUGAAGGUGAUGCAGCAUCUGUACCCCGCUGAAGCACUGAGGAAUCAGAAAGCAUCUUCUCGUCUGAAGGAACAGCAUCCUUUUAACCUCCUGCGUGAGAUAAAGACGGUCAGAACCAGUGAAGUUAAAGAUGCCAUCCUGCGCUUCUCCACCCAACACGGCCUCAUUCUGCUGCUACCGCUUCAGACACCACACGACCACACACCUGCUUCCCUGCAGCCCUCAGCCCGAUGAAUGACAUUAAACACCUUCAGUUCA